AUGGCCCUCAGUAUUCUUACGCGCCGGCUGCUCUUCUGCUUCCUGCUCAUUUGGGCGGGUCUGGUGAUCUAUCUCUUUCUAGUGCACCAGGAGCAAGUCAGCCAUGAAGCGACCAAGCACCAGCAGGUGAGCUGGGAGCAGCGGCUGCAUUUAUGGCAGCAUAGCCAGCGCAGGAACAACAGCUGGGCAGGACCCUGCACACGCUGCGAAGAAGGUGCCUGCUGCUGGGAGCUGCGCAACCGAGUACUGCGCGCCGAGUUCACCGACCGGCCGUACCUGCAGUGGCGGAGCUUUCAGCUGACGGACGAGGCACUGCAUCUGCCGGUUGCGACGUUCCCACUCUUUCGGCUAUUGCCAACAACCCAGGAUUUCAGCUGCAGCUUGCAGGGAGUGCGGAGAAACGGAUCGCUCUCCCUGGAGUUCGACCUCAGUUGUGAUGCUGGUUGGCAGGUCAUCUUCCGGGCCCACUUGCGGCAUGAGGACUCUCACUACAUGCGUUUCAAGGUGCAUUUGGUGCACUCGGAAGAUGUGGUGUGGAAAGGUGGUUAUAGGGAGUUGCAUCUCUGGAAGCUGCAUGGUUCGAGCCAUGUUCAGGAGACCAAGCUUCCACAGAAUGAGGAGGAUUCGGCCUGGGAGCUCGUGAAACCGCUUUGUCUCGUGGGUCGACUUGUGGACCGAGGUGGCCCUUCCCCGUCGAUUCUCCGUGCAUUCCCCUUCCAAGAAAUGGGCGCCUGCAGCUCCAAGAAAUCCACUGCAGUUCACCCCAUCGACGUGGUGCCUUCCUCACCUGCGGCUGCACCGCCUGGGACUGCGGCGGCGCCAGCGCCGGCGCCCGUGGCGGCGCCCGCGGCGGCGCCGGCGGCGCCUGUGGCGCCUACAGCUGCGAGCCGUGUGACACCAAAUGCGCAGCAGACUGCUGGUCCUGUGGGGGCUGGAAUCGUUCCGCAGGCGAAGGCGAAGGCGAAGGCAAAGCCAAGCUCCUUGAUCAAGGCCAUCAAGUGCAACGACCUCCAAGUCGUGGAGGAAAUGCUGCAGGAACCUGACUGUAACCUGGAGAUGCUAGGCAUGUGGGAUAAUACUCCCCUCCUCGCUGCCUGCAUGUAUGGUCACAGCGAAGUCGCUCUAAAGCUCAUCGAGCGUGGGGCGGACGUCUUUGCGCGGAAUGAGCAUCGCGCAACGGCCUUGCACUACAGCUCGGUAGAGGGCUGUCUCGAGGUGUCAAAGGCAUUGCUGAGCAAGGUGGAGGAGGGUGAACGUUCGAAGCUGGUGAACUGCGGCAUGGCGAAAGUUUACAAUCGCCACCUUGAUUGCUAUGGCGAAAGAACUCCAUUGGCUGCUGCUGCUGAGAGUGGCUUCGAAGAUUCUACUGCUCUUUUGCUUGCGGCUGGAGCCACGUUCGAAGCGGAUGACGAGGGUCGCACACCGCUCUGGCUGGCUGCCCGUCAUGGCCGGGUCGAGGUGGUGCAAGUGCUCCUGAAGCACGGCGCUGACGCAUCCCAACAGGACCAGUCGGGUGUCUCCGUCUUGAAUGCCAACACUGGAGGUGGUCGCUGUCAUGAGGAUCUGAUCUCCUUGCUGCUGAGCGCCAAUGUGGAUGUGAACCAGACCAGCGGCAGCCCACUGUGCGAUGCGGUGAAAGGCAACAAGAAGCAGGUGGUCGAAGCUUUGUUGACCCAUGGUGCAUCGACCAACAUGCCCAAUGCAAGCGGGACAACCGCCCUUCAUGCGGCCUGCGAGCGUGGUGAUGAGUCGUUGGUGCAAUUGCUGGUUCGCUUCCGGGCGGAUCCGGGCGCCGCCAACGCCGCAGGAUCGACGCCGCAGGAGCUGCUGCGGCGCCGUGGACUGGCGGCGCAAGUGUUGGAACCCUGA